AUGGAGACCCCACUAGAGCACCAUUCUGAACGACUGACUCCAACUUCUACGACACCUCUACUCUUCACCUUACCCGUUGAGAUACGUCUCGAUAUCUUUGGCUUCUGCAUCCCCCGAAAAUGCGCCAUAAAAGUGACAAACGCCAUGUAUCGGCCUUACGGGGUCGAGCCUCUGGUUUCUACGCGUGAUCCGUCCCCCACAAGCGACAGGUUCGCCAACACCCGGCCUCACUGGACCAACAUAUUACAUGUUUCCAAACAAAUGAGCGAUGAAUGUCUGGACAUCCUUUAUGGCGACAACUUGUUCGAAGUUUACCUGAACAAAGGAGGUGAAGGUAUGCUCAAGAAAACAUUCAGCAAAGAGAAUCUCCAGCGAAUCCGGUUCAUUCUUGCCAUCUCUCCCGGCCCAUGUUUUACUGGGGAACUGAACUCACCUGACAUUCCUUUCUGGGCCAUGAUAAUCCCAAAGCUGAAGCUGUUUGAAUGGGUGACACAGCCAGACAAGAGUGCCGAGCAGAACAUGAGCGAUGUUAUGAUCAAGCAAGGAUUGGAGGGCUGGAUGAAGUGGACGGACUCAUACUCGGACUGCUUCGGUGAAUUUCUGGUGGCUGGGGUCGAAUUCAAAAUGAGAUUUGACAAAGGAGAUGGUGAAUAUAGGAAGAUCGGCCGGCUUUUUUUCCGGCGAGGACCUUUCUUCAAGAAGGAUGGAUAG